UAAGAACCGUUAUCAGUGCGAGCAAUAACAAGCGAGGCUUCAAUGCAUACGCAUACUUCCACCUCCACCUCCAGUACAAAGAAGAUCAGUGCCGGUUCGCGUCCGUCUCCUGUCCACGUGUGUGUGUUUUCGUGCAUCGAUUAUGCACUCGAUCGAUUUGUAAUACAAAGUGUGCUGUAAACACAGAGUACGUGGGACAAUCAUUUCCGAUCCCGCAUACGCAAUGACUGGAACAGCCGCUGUGCUCUUUACGAUCACCAUACCCACCAAGGCGGAAGAGGAUCGCCUGAAGGAUGUGUUCGUUCAGGAGACACCCACUCCCACAGCCAGCAGAGCUUCCACGCUCGAAAGUCUGUCCACCAUUCGAAUAGGGGAUUCCCCACCGGAAGAAACGCCCAGAAACUCAAGGCAAAAGUCGACAAAUCCGCCGCCCAUUAUACAAAUUCAGCCACCGGAUGGGGAUCACUUGCUCGACAUGCCCCUGGAUACGGAUCAGGAACAGGUGCUCCGCCGUAUCCUACGCAAUUUUCACAUACCCAAUGCCAUCUGGUUGCGAAGUUUGGAGGGUAAUGCCUUUCACAUCAGCUUCUCCAUGGAGUUCGACGAGCGUUAUGAAGAGCUUUACGAGUCCCUGCAGGAGUGGGGCAUCGGCGAUCGGGAGGGCUCCACGGUGUCAGUGGUCAGCUGCCUGGCUAAUAGGUCCUAUGCUCAGCGUGAGACGUUCGAGGAAGAGACUGCAGAUCAGCCCUCGAGCAGCGAGAAAAUCAAUGCCCAGAAGCAGGGCAUUUGGAACAAAUUCAUGAACUCGGUAAGAUCCCGAUUAAAUGUGGCCCAAAUAGUCCGAGAUGUGCGACAGGAUGCGGCUAUAACCUUUGACUUUUGCAUACUCCUCGUAUCAGCAGCAAUUCUGGCCAGCUUUGGUCUGGUGGAGAACAGCACCAUUUUCCUGGCUUCGAGCAUGCUGAUAUCUCCGCUAAUGGGUCCCAUUAUCGCAGCCAUAUUUGGAACUGUAAUCCAAGACAGAUCUCUCCGAAAAUUGGGAAUGCUGAACGAGCUGAUUGGCAUCCUGACGGCCACCUUGGUGGGAUUCCUUUUCGGCCUGGUCGUCUGCACCACGGAUCACAAGUAUGGCAUCGGUGAAGGCCUCACCGAAGAGAUGCUUUCACGCUGCGACCUUCACUCCCUAAUUGUGGGAGUCUUUACGGCCAUUCCUUCUGGAGCUGCGGCUGCCAUAGGUAUCCUGGGUGGUAAUAUUGGUUCUCUGGUUGGUGUGGCCAUUUCCGCCUCCCUGCUACCGCCAGCCGUGAACUCGGGUCUCCUCUGGGCCGUGGCGUGCAUCUACAAGAUCUUCGAGAACGACGACUCCCUGUAUGUGGAUGUGAUCAAGUCGCGUCGUUACUCGGACAACCAGGCCACGGAGCUGGCCGUACUGGGAAGUAUCAGUAUGUGCCUGACGCUUUCCAAUGUGCUGUGCGUCUACCUGAUGGGCAUCCUGGUGCUGAAGGUGAAGGAGAUCGCACCGGUGAUUGGGCGGAAGAACAGACAGUUUUGGAAGCAUGACAUCAAGCUGGUGCGUCAUGGAAAAGUCGAAACCGAAGCUGAGAUCUUGGAUGAGCUGCUGGCAAACUUGCCCACCGAGGACCAGCAGGCACUUAACUCCAUAAAUCGACAGUUCCUGCGUCACCUGGACGAAACGGUCUAUCAGCACACAUGGUCGCCGCUAAGCAAUCGUCAUAGCUUUUCGAUGCAGCAUCCUGGCGCGGCAGGCUUCUCCACAAUCCACCGUCUCGAGCAGUUGUAUGCGUUACGAAGGGAGCAGGGCCAGCUACCAGAAGAGCAGCGGCGGCAACGCCAUAGUGUGGUUAGUAGGCCCUCACAAAGGAGCCACGAUGUCACCAUCCAGUUAAGUCCGCCACAACCUCGUCCCCGUUUCGCCAGCAUGCCCUCGAAAGCGGCCAAGGACGAAACGCUCAGGGAAAGCAUCAUCCAAGUGGCCAGUACAAAGCGGUUUACAGUCACGCCUGCCCGCGAAGACGAGCAGCUUCCCUAAAACCAAGUUCUAGCUUCCAAACAUCGCGUUUAAGUGUCUAUCUGUGUAAUGUGUAAAUUUCUGUGCAACAAUUUCCAAUAACAAUAAUUACAAGUCCA